AACAGGUUUAAUAAAGAGACAGGCUGCCAGAAAUUUGCUCCAAAUUUGUUGAUACAUUUUUUAUAAUAAUUGAAAUGAGCAAGGAAUUUAGUUUGGCCACCAUUAAGGAGCACAACAAGCCCGACGAUCUCUGGCUGGUUAUCGACAACAAAGUCUAUGAUGUGACCAAAUUUCUAAACGAACAUCCUGGCGGUGAGGAGUCUCUAAUGUCAGUUGCUGGCGUCGAUGGCACCAAGGAUUUCAAUGAGGUCGGACAUAGUGCGGAGGCGCGGGAGCUAUUGAAGAAAUUCUACAUUGGCGAUCUGGCAGCCAGUGAUAUUAAAAGGAAGUCGCCUGUUGGUUGCAGAGAAAUUGGAGUCGCUGUGGGCGCCAUUUUACUGGGCAUGGCCCUCGUCUAUGUGAUCAAGCGUGGAAUGGCCAAGAACUGAACUCAGGAUUCAAAUCCCACUCGAUUGUGUGCUUCACCUCAUUCCGAUUGCGAUUUCGAUUAAAGUCACUGUGCAAGCUGAUUAACAGCUGCAACUACAACAAAAAAGAAAAAAUAGUCUAAUGUUCUUUGAUAUUACAUUCGUAAAGUUCGUUGAUAUUUUAUACCUGUGAAAACUGUAAAACGUCAAAUAAAUCAAUAAUUAAAUAUGUUGUAAUCGAUAACUA